AUGAAGAGCCUCUUCUUCGCAUUGAACAUAGCGGUCAUAUCUUUCGCCCAAAUCUAUUCGGCACCACCUGCUUCGACCGAACCAGAAUUCGACACGCUCCUCAUUGCCAGCAGCAACUCUUCCGAUCCUCCUUUCGGCUACAACGCCUUCUCCAAUACCCCACCCAACGCAGUUCGAGAAGUGAAGUUCGCCCGUGGCACGCAAGACUGGGUCUGGACCGUCUCAAUCAGUGAUGUAGAGAUCCCAAACGUCYCCAAUGCCACGAACUUCACUACCGGGUGGAAUGCUCCUCCUAAUGCUCGAGUCGCUUAUACAACUUAUACAUUUGAUUGGCCGCAAGACGGGAAUAUCAACGACGUUGUGAGAGAGGAAGCUCCUCCCUCUAUGGAGAAUAGUACUUCUUGCUUUUAUAAUCUGUGGACCGAAUUUCCUGAGAGUGUCUCAAAGGCCUGGGACUCUUCUUCGAGUAGUUGCGGGAGUGCGAUUGGAAGGGAGUGUGAGGAGUAUAUUUAUUCGAAUUUGAACCGAUCGGAGGACUGUUCGAGGGAUUUGGGAGAGUUGAGGUUGACGGAGCAAUGUCCAGGAGUGUUUGAUGGGUUUGUUAUCACGUCUGGGUUUACUUUUGGGAAUGCAAGUGCUCCUGCGGACGAGACUUCUUUUGAAAAGGGGGACGUGGUUAGUUAUACGGUUAGCGAUCUGGCUGCACCGGGAAAUUCUACGGCCUUAGAGCAUGCGGAGGGUAGGUUGCACAUGGUUGUCAUGUCGAAUUCGCAAGGGACGCAGGUUCUUUGCAAUCGUGUGGCUGAGAGUGCGGCUAUGAGGCAGGUGGGUGUGAGUUUGUUUUCAGUUGGGGUGGCUGUGUUGAUGGUCAUUGGGUUGCAGUAG